AUGACGACGGACCAAACCCCCGAAGAAGAGGCCAACAUCAACGUCUGCAAAGAGUACAUGUCCAUCGCAUAUUCCCCGACCGAGAACAGAGGCGGUGACUCGGUCGCCCACCUGUGCCACGCCGACAGCUGGUUUUGGGCUCCUGCAACAUUUCCCGGCUGCGAAACGCCCAUGGACUACGCGACAUCUCACUCUGUGGUCAUGUCCGCCGUGUCCGACCUCCACAUCAUCCGCUUCGACCAGGUGUUUGCGAAGAAUGGGCACGUCUUGCUUCGAUAUACCGCCGAGGGGAGCCACGUGGGCAAACCAUACAAGGGCAUCCAAGCCACUGGGAAGCAUGCGACGUGGUGUGCGGCGGCGAUUUUCGAAGUCGAGGACAGGAAGAUCCGAAGCUUUACCAAGGAUUGGGACCAGAAGACUAUGCAGAUUCAACUUGGAUGGGCGCCGGUCAAUGAGAGCGACGAUCCGAGGUGGAACGCACAAGCUCUUGCUGAUCCAGAGGGGUCGAGGAAGAAGAAAGAAUGA